CGUCGCGUCACCUGGGUGGAUUUCAAUUAAUCAAUGGGCUCGUUCCUUGGAAUGACCUACCUAUGUACUCUUAAUGGAACUCUACAUAAAGCACAACCAACAUCUUGCUCAGUAGUCUUCUAAGGUGGGUGGACUCAUAUACGCCGGCAUUUGCAUCUUCAUCAUUCGUAUGAGCUAUGGUAUAACCUGUACAGCCAAUUUGUUUUGCUGUAUUGAUUCGAUUUGAUUCUCUUUUAUAUAUAUACCAAAUAUGGAGGUUCACAUGGACGACGGUGCACGACAGAGAUAUGAGGCCAAGUCGGCACAAUUGCGCGCUGAGCUGAAGCAGUUUGAGGCAGACUGGGCAAGUCGCAAUGGUGGCAAGAAGCCCGGCCGUCUAGACAUCAAGCAGAACCCCGGCAUAGCUUCCAAAUAUAAGAAAUAUAAUCAUGUUCGAGACGUCCUCGCUGGAAAGCUACCGGCAACCCCUCCGAAGCCGCGGAAGCGCACUUCCGAGAACGAUUUGUCGCAGACCCCUUCGAAACGUCCUAAAUCCAUGCAGACACCGUCAAAAAUCCGCACUCUUGAUGUUGAAGAUGGCAUCUUUGAGACCCCUUCCUCUCGGACACUCUUCAGCCCCGCAAUGCCUACUUCGAUCGGGCCAACGCCACAGAAAAACGGCCGGAUCUUGGGCAUGUUUGAUCUGCUCGAGGAAAAUACAGAGAACGAACCCCCCAAUGGCGACUUGGAGGGCAAGAACCACAAGGUCCAAUCCACCCCCAGCAAGCGCCCAGCCAGCGCGAUGGAAGAGGCGAAGCUUGGUCGGACGCCAAUGUCAUCGUCCAAACGCAACAUGCUCAACACUUUCAUGACACCAAGCAAACGAAAGGAUGGCAGUGAACCCUGUGCAAGAACACCCAGUUCCGUCUCGAAACUUCAUCUAGCUACACCAGCAUUCUUGAGAAGAGCACCCAUGCCAACCGUCGACGAAGAUGGACAAUACUUGUCACCUCCUGCGCCGCUUCGCCUUCCUCGAAAACCUCUUGGUCGUAGUCUCAGCAGCGUAGUUGCAGGUCUUCGAAAGCUCGAAGAGGAGAAGUACGACGAUGACAUGGACGCUCUACGCGAAAUGGAGGAUGAAACAACCCCAUCUGAUGUUGUCAAGCCUACAAAGUCAACCUCAAAGGCACCACCAGAAAUCCUAGAGUCCGAUAGCCAGGCACCUCAGCUUCUAGGAGGGUUUGAUGAUGAAGCUCUAUACGAUAGCCCAACGGAAGAAAUGAAGGGGCGCGAUGGCCAACCUCUUCGGGUAUACAAGAAGAAGGGUCAGAAGAGAACAACACGGCGAGUCAACAUAAAACCUACGAGAACCAAACGGCCACACGCUGUAGUCGAAGCUGACGUUAACGAUCACGCCGAGGGGGUUGAUGAUAAUGAUGAUCAAGACGAGGUCGUCCCCGAAACGCAAUUCGAUCCCAAUAAGCUUAAAGAAGGCCCCCAAGAUAUCGAUUCAGACCCAGACUUUGCUGCUUCAGGUACAGAAGAUGAGGCUACAGAAAAGGCGCAGCUCAAAAAGGUAGCUACCACAAAGAAGGAGGGCAAGGUACACAAAGUUGCUAGAAAAGUUAAUGAGUUGGCUCACGCGAACUUCAAACGCUUGAAGCUGAGGAACACGGGUUCAAAGGGUGGACCUGGGUUUGGUAGCCGAUUCCGUCGUCGAAAAUGAUCACGGAGACUAUACAUUGCAUAAUGAGUAAUGAGUAUAUGGUGGAUGAUAUUAUGGCAUCUAUAGAUUCGUAUGCUCAAUGUUGAUCAGCGCUUUGUUUCCACGCAUGUCAAGACUGUACACCCAUCUCGCCCAUGCCCUUUGUCAACGAACCUUCGCAGCUAUCAUUUGCAUGAACUUCGCAGUAAAAGCAUGCAACUGUAUUGAUAGUUGUUCUCAAGGGAGCGAAGCCGGGAUUUGGGUACACACUCACGUGCUUCGUCAGUUCUAUGUGUUUAUAGCAUACGUGUGAACUUUGACGUCAUUACUACAGUCCUACAGCCCGAUCAACAGAGUCGCCGGUCGGGGGUCCUGCCUGAGGUGAUAAAUCAGUAGCGAGUCUUGAUGGCCAACCAGCCUGGGAAGAGGCCCUUUCCACGUAUUAUCAACAAGAUGCCGUGAGACUAGAUCUGAGACCUAGCUCCUUCUCGAUGAAGUCGAGGACAGUCAGUGCCUUCAUCACAAAUUUGUUCAUGAAGCUAUGGUAGCAGUCAGCAUCAAGACUGCCGUCAACUGCCAACAUGAAUUAUGACUUCCUAGAUCGCCGU